AUGGCGUCCGCGCAGGCGCGUAAACUAGCAGCAGCAGGAGGCUCCGCCCCUCAACCUGCAUCACCUGUUGGACUCAGCAGCCCGGUGCGCACCGCGUGGCUUUUGGGGGGAGACCCCGGUGGGCUCUGGCAGGAGGGCGGCGGCCGCGGUCGGAGAACGGGACGCGGACGAGACUCCUUCCUGAGGCAGCACCGCUUUCCUCCUGCGGGAUUAUCUGACUGCUCAGACUCCUCCGCCGAUGAAAUACAUGAAACUAAAAAAGAUUUUCUGAUCUUAUAG